AUGUUGGAGCCCUCACCUCCACCUUUGGCAACAACGGUAACGCCCUCUCUUCCGUCUAGUUUAAAGAAACCUGUGGCGAAUAAUGACCAGAAUAAUAACAACGUGCCCAAGAAGAGAAAACUGGCAUGCCAGAAUUGCCGUAGAAGAAGAAGGAAAUGUAACAUGGAAAAGCCUUGUUCAAACUGUAUCAAGUUUCAUACCGAUUGUGUAUUCACCCAGCAAGACUUGAGGAACAAAAGAUAUUCUACGACUUAUGUAGAAGCUUUACAGAGCCAAAUUCGGUCUUUGAAAGAACAAUUACAAAUACUAAAGUCCUCAUCUUCCACAAUUGCCAACAACUCCCUAUCCUCGUUGAAAAACAAUGAUGAUCAUGGUGAUAUUUCUAAUGGAAAAAUUUUAAAGUAUGGCGAACCAGCCCCAUCAGCGCUACCAUCAUCUGAAAGCAACGAUGAGAACGAGUCUGAUGCGUUUACCAAAAAACUACCUUCCGAGAGCCCUCCACCAGUAGGUACAAACAGUAUAUACCCAUCAAAUUCAUUGUCUAUAAUAAAAAAAAAGACGGACGGCAACACAAAAUACCAGCAACAACAAGUCAGUUUGAAAAAUUUAUCAAGAAGUCCCCUCAUCUUAAGAUCAUUAUCACUUUUUUUCAAAUGGUUAUACCCAGGACAUUACCUUUUCAUUCAUAGAGAAACUUUCUUGAGUGCCUUUUUCGGUGACACAAACACCAAAAGUUACUACUGUUCCGAAGAAUUGGUAUUUGCAAUUGCUGCAUUAGGAUCUUUGAUUUCAUACAAAUCUGAAACUGAGCUGUUUCAACAAUCUGAAGUUUUUUACCAAAGAGCCAAGACAAUAGUACUCAAAAAAAUCUUUCAAUUGGAAGAUUCUUCGUUGGCUGAAUCAUCGUCAUCUUCGAAAUUAGCAAUCAUCCAGACUCUAUUAUGUUUGGCGUUUUAUGACAUUGGAAGUGGAGAAAACCCCAUGGCUUGGUAUCUUUCGGGGCUGGCAUUUAGGAUUGCUCACGAAAUCGGCCUACAUUUGAAUCCAGAGGCAUGGAGCAAUGUUUAUGAAGACGAGCUGUCAAUAAUGGAUUUUGAGGUAAGAAGUAGAAUCUACUGGGGCUGUUACAUUGCAGAUCAUUUAAUAGCGAUCCUAUUUGGAAGAUCAACUUCUUUACGUUUGUCCAAUUCCACCGUUCCGGAAACAGAUGAGCUACCUGAAAUUGAGACUGGUAUAGAGGAGUAUAUAUAUGACCCAAAAGUAAUAUUAUCCACUGCGAACCCUUUAAAGAAAUUGAUUGUGUUAUCAAGAAUAACAGAGAUUUUUGCAUCCAAGAUUUUCAGCCCAAACGAAACUCUGCUUCAGAGAAGUGAAUACUUAGCCAAAUUUAAUCUAGAAGUAUACAAUUGGAGAAGAGAUUUGCCUCCCGAAUUGCAAUGGACCAAGAGAUCAUUGAUGGAAAUGACGGAUUUUAACCCAACCAUAGCUUAUGUAUGGUUUCAUUACUAUAUCGUACUAAUUUCCUAUAAUAAACCUUUCAUAUACGAAAUUAAACAAAGCCGAGAAUUAGUGGAAGGUUAUGUUGAUGAACUGUAUUAUCUUUUAAAAGUUUGGAAAAAUAAAUUUAAGACCUUUGAGAAAGCUACGAUUUACAUGAUUUAUUCCGCGAUUUUAGCCAUUCAAUGUAUGAAGUCCAACCUGAUUAAAAAGGAUAGAAAACAAGACUUCUUAAAUUUUUUAAGUGCACCUACACUGAAUUACGAACUCGCUAGAAAAUUUAUUGAAAACUCUGAAGACGCUUUACAUAAUUCAGAAACCAUGGAUUUAUUGGGGACUUUAUCUCACGGUAAUGAUUUUGCAUUAGAGUACAAUUUUGACUUUACUUUAUUGAAUGAGAUCGAUAUGCUGAUUGGUGGAAACACCAAUGACGGCUUGACGAAGUAG